UCAUCACUUGACGAGUCGAAACAUAUAUUGCACCUUGGCCUGCAGCUUACACGCCUUCUCUGCCUCCCUUACCUAUUAAGCCUUUCUCUCUUUGGCCCUCCAAAACUUUCCCAUAAAGUUCACUCCUCCAUUUGGCCCCCCUCCCAACUCUUUCCCUAUAUAUUUCAUUUACUUCAAUUCCCUUGUACAUGCAUAUAUAUACACAUAGCCUUCAAAUCCCAAAAACAUAGAAUCCAAAUCAAAAUCCGAGGAUAAAGAGAGGGAAAGAAACGAAACAGGGAGAUAGAGAAAUGGGUUUCUCAAAGGAAGAAAGAUCAAAAAGGGUUUUGAGGGGUGUGAAGACUAUGUUCUUCUUGAUCACCAUGCUUAUUUCUUUGCUGCUUUUCUCAGCGCCUGUUCUUUUGGUUAUAGCGGAUACGCUGCUUCCAUCUGCGCUCCUCUCUGCUUCUCUUUCUCCUCUUCCUCUUUCAUUACAAGCUCUCACUUCCCAUCUGCAGAACUACGACUUUCGGUACUCCUUAAUCGAUAUACCUCUCAUAUCCAUUAUAAGAUCAGCCAUCAUAAUCUGUGUUUACAGCUUGUGUGAUGGGCCAAGGCUUUCACGAGGGCCGUAUUUGGGAAUCACGACGAUGUGUUCGGUGUUAUCUCUAAUGUUUGUUUCGAUGAAAGCUGCGUAUGUUUUUGGCGUUUCGGGCAGCGAUCGAGGAGGGUAUGUCAGGGCAACGGAAGUAGCGUUGUUCAUAUGCUCUCUGGCUCUGGCUGUAGGGCAUAUCGCUGUGGCCUAUAAAACAAGUUGCAGGGCGAGACGGAAGCUUCUGGUUUACAAAAUUGACAUUGAAGCUGUUUCAGCUUGCAAGAAUGGGAUUUUAAGGUAUCAGAAGGUCUUACAAGAAAGAAAGGGAGAAGCGAACAUAACAACGAAGGAAAUUUCAUUAUAAUAUAUCCAUCCCGUGUUUAUUCGGCUAAUCCAAUCCUUCAGUGGCCGUGAGAUUUUCAGAUUCGUUCGAGGAAAACCAGGCUCUUCUGGAGAGCCAAGAAUAGAAACUAACUCUAGAUUAAGGCUAGCUAGGCAGCAGUAAAAAUCGAUUGGAAAAGUUUUCUUGAGUCACUAUAGAGUACAGAGGCUGUGAUUUCUGCAUAUAUAUGUCUUAAUUUAUUGUUGUCUCCUGAUCUAUCUAGCUGGAAAUGUAUACUCUGUAAACCGUACAAUUGAAGAUUAUUGAUUACAAA